AUUAAAUUAAAAGGAAAAAAAGAAAAAAAGACCCGUUUGACAGCACGCGCUGAUAACGGGAAAAUUAAAUAAGAAACUAUACAAGGAAAAAUACCGUAAAUAAAUAAAUCAACAUAAAAAAGAAAAAUAGCAGAGGGGAGUUCGUAUAGCAGAGAGGGUUUUUGGUGAAUUUCAGCGUCGAUUUCAGAGGGCUGCUUUUUUAUUUUCUCACUCUAGUUCCCACCACAGCGCCUCUUUUCCUCUUUCUCUCUCUAAAAUAAUUUAUCUGAUCAUGUAAAUACUGACGAAUUCAACUAUUUCGUGAAUCUCGAUUGACGAAAUCCGUAUAUAGCCAUUGUGUGUGUGUGUAUAUACGAUAUAUAGCAUGGCGCUGGCUACGACAUCACAGUCGAUUCGCUAUAUAGCCCCGGCAGGCGCCACGGGAGCCAGCAACCUGGACGCUCUAAAUCGAGUGCUAGCUGAUCUCUGCAUCCGUGGCAAUCCCAAGGAUGGGGCUGCCUCAGCAUUGCGGAGACAUGUGGAGGAACAAGCCCGUGAUCUCAGCAGUGAAGCGUUUUCACGAUUUGUGGAUCACCUCUAUGAUCGUAUCACCAAUCUUUUAGAAAGCAAUGAAGUUGCUGAAAAUUUGGGUGCACUGAGGGCCAUUGAUGAGCUUAUAGAUGUUGGAAUUGGGGAGAAUGCUGUGAAAGUUGCAAAGAUUGCAAAUUACAUGCGUACCACAUUUGAGGCAAAACGUGAUCCGGAAACUUUGGUUACUGCCAGUAAAGUUCUGGGCCACUUGGCCAGAGCUGGUGGAGCAAUGACAGCUGAUGAAGUAGAACGGCUGGUUAAAGUUGCACUGGAGUGGCUUCGUGGUGAAAGAGUUGAAUAUCGUCUUUUUGCUGCUGUGUUAAUUUUAAAAGAAAUGGCCGAGAACGCUUCAACAGUUUUCAAUGUGCAUGUUCCUGAAUUUGUGGAUGCCAUCUGGGUUGCUCUGAGGGAUCAAAAACUGGAUAUUCGAGAGCGAGCUGUAGAGGCAUUGCGAGCUUGCCUUCGGGUCAUUGAGAAGCGUGAGACCCGGUGGCGUGUCCAGUGGUAUUAUCGUAUGUUUGAGGCUACACAAGAUGGAUUGGGAAAAAAUGCCUCUAUACAUAGCAUACAUGGUUCUCUGCUUGCAGUUGGGGAACUGCUGAGGAAUACAGGGGAGUUCAUGAUGUCUAGAUAUAGAGAAGUUGCUGAGAUUGUUCUCAAAUAUCUUGAGCACCGGGACCGGCUUGUUCGUCUCAGCAUAACUUCUUUGCUUCCUCGAAUUGCCCAUUUCCUACGUGAUCGUUUUGUGACUAACUAUUUGACGAUUUGCAUGAAGCAUAUACUUCAUGUCCUCAAAAUACCUGCAGAGGCUGCUAGUGGGUUCAUUGCUCUUGGGGAAAUGGCGGGUGCGUUGGAUGGUGAGCUCAUCAAUUAUUUGCCGACAAUAACGUCUCACUUGCGGGAUGCGAUUGCUCCUCGUAGAGGGCGACCAUCUAUGGAGGCAUUGGCUUGCGUUGGAAAUCUUGCAAAGGCUAUGGGGCCUUCUAUGGAGCCUCAUGUACGUAGUCUCUUGGAUGCGAUGUUUUCAGUUGGAUUAUCCUCCACUCUAGUGGAAGCCCUUGAGAACAUUACUGCCAGCAUUCCAUCUUUGCUUCCAACCAUUCAAGUACGUUUGCUAGAAUGCAUUUCAGGAGUUCUUUCUCGUCACAACCAAGUUCAAUCCAGGCCUACUACAGGCCUUGCUCGGACUAGUAGCAUAGGUGCUACUUUGCAAGUACCAGAAUUGAGUGCUUCUGCUCUUGUUCAACUUGCUUUACAAACUCUCGCCCGCUUUAAUUUCAAGGGUCAUGAUCUUCUUGAGUUUGCAAGAGAGUCUGUUGUGCUCUAUUUAGAAGAUGAGGAUGGAGGUACACGAAAAGAUGCUGCUCUGUGUUGCUGCAAAUUAAUGGCAAAUUCCUUAUCUGGCAUCUCUCCCGCACAGUUUAGCUCUAGCAGGACAAGUCGUGCUGGCGGAAAGCGCCGGCGGCUUGUUGAGGAGAUUGUGGAAAAGCUUCUCAUUGCAGCUGUUGCUGAUGCGGAUGUUAUUGUUCGACGAUCUAUUUUUGCUUCUUUGGAAGAGAGUGGAGGGUUUGAUGAUUUUCUGGCACAGGCUGAUUGUUUGACUGCAGUGUUUGCUGCUUUAAAUGAUGAGGAUUUUGAAGUUCGGGAAUUUGCAAUUUCAGUGGCUGGAAGACUAUCUGAAAAAAAUCCAGCAUAUGUUCUUCCAGCUCUGCGUCGCCAUCUUAUACAAUUAUUAACUUAUUUGAAACAAAGUGCUGAUAGCAAAUGCAGAGAAGAAAGUGCGAAAUUGUUAGGAUGCUUAAUCCGCAAUUGCGAGAGAUUAAUACUCCCAUAUAUUGCUCCCGUGCACAAGGCCCUAAUUGCAAAACUCAACGAGGGGACUGGGGUGAAUGCUAAUAAUGGCAUUAUAAGUGGAGUUCUGGUAACUGUUGGGGAUCUUGCCAGAGUGGGUGGCUUUGCAAUGAGACAGUAUAUUCCAGAACUUAUGCCCUUAAUUGUUGAAGCCUUAUUAGAUGGUGCUGCUGCGACGAAACGCGAAGUGGCUGUUACAACUCUAGGUCAAGUGGUACAAAGCACUGGUUACGUUAUAUCUCCGUACAAUGAGUAUCCACCAUUGCUUGGAUUACUUCUAAAAUUGCUUAAUGGUGAACUAGUUUGGUCAACCAGGCGUGAAGUUUUGAAGGUUCUUGGCAUAAUGGGUGCUUUAGAUCCCCAUGCACAUAAACGUAAUCAACUACGCUUACCAGGGUCCCAUGGCGAAGUUAACCGCACAGCUGGUGAUCCUGGCCAGCAUAUUCGGUCAAUGGAUGAACUACCUAUGGAUCUUUGGCCAUCUUUUGCAACAUCGGAAGAUUAUUAUUCCACUGUCGCUAUCAGUUCCCUCGUCCGAAUUUUUAGAGAUCCUUCACUUUCUAGUUACCACCAAAAGGUGGUUGGAUCUCUCAUGUUCAUAUUCAAGGUAAUGGGUCUUGGCUGUGUUCCUUACUUACCCAAGGUUCUGCCAGAUCUCCUUCACACUGUUCGUACGUGUGAUGAUGGUCUUAAGGAGUAUAUUACAUGGAAACUGGGAACUCUGGUUUCUAUUGUUCGCCAGCAUAUUCGCAAAUAUCUGCCAGAUUUGUUCAAGUUAAUAUCGGAAUUAUGGUCAUCCUUCAGUUUGCCUGCUACUAACAGACCAGUCCACGGAUCUCCGAUUCUCCAUCUCCUCGAGCAACUUUGUUUGGCUCUCAAUGAUGAAUUUAGGACACAUAUUCCUUUUAUUCUUCCAUCCUGCAUUCAAGUCCUCAGUGAUGCUGAAAGAUUUAAAGACUAUACUCAUGUCGUUGAUAUUCUCCACACUCUUGAAGUUUUUGGUGGAACAUUGGAUGAGCAUAUGCAUCUACUUCUUCCUGCACUCAUUCGAAUUUUCAAAGUGGAUGCUUCAGUAGAAGUGCGGCGCGCUGCUAUCAGAACUCUGACUAAGUUGAUACCUCGUGUACAGGUAACCGGGCACAUUUCAGCUCUUGUGCAUCACUUGAAGCUUGUCUUGGACGGGAAAAAUGAUGAGCUUAGAAAGGAUGUUGUUGAUGCACUUUGUUGUCUAGCUCAUGCUCUUGGGGAAGACUUCACUAUUUUCAUCCCGUCCAUCCAUAAGCUUUUGUUGAAGCAUCGCAUGCGGCAUAAGGAAUUUGAAGAAAUUGAAGGCCGUUUAAAAAAACGGGAGCCUUUGAUCCUAGGGCAUACUGCUUCUCAGAAACAAAACCGACGGCCUCCCGGGGAGGUUAUUAGUGACCCGUUAAGUGAUGGGGAGGAUAGAAUUGAUCCUCACAAGCCUCACAAGGUUAAUGAAGCUCGAUUACGUGCUGCUGGGGAGGCUUCUCAACGUAGUACGAAAGAGGACUGGGCAGAGUGGAUGAGGCAUUUUAGCAUUGAAUUACUGAAGGAAUCACCGUCACCGGCUCUGAGAACUUGUGCCAAACUUGCCCAGCUUCAGCCUUUUGUUGGAAGGGAGUUGUUUGCGGCUGGUUUCGUCAGCUGCUGGACAGAGUUGCAUGAGACUUGCCGAAAACAUCUAGUAAGAAGUUUGGAAAUGGCAUUUUCAUCUCCAAACAUACCUCCAGAAAUUCUUGCUACACUUUUGAACCUGGCGGAGUUUAUGGAACACGAUGAGAGACCUCUUCCUAUUGAUAUUCGCCUACUGGGUGCUCUUGCAGAAAAGUGCCGUGCAUUCGCAAAGGCUCUGCAUUAUAAAGAGAUGGAAUUUGAAGGUGCAUGCUCAAAUAGGAUGGACGGAAACCCUAUUGCUGUAGUGGAAGCUCUUAUUCAUAUAAAUAAUCAAUUACACCAACACGAGGCGGCAGUUGGAAUAUUGACAUAUGCUCAACAACAUUUGGGUGUUCAAUUGAAGGAGUCAUGGUAUGAGAAACUUCAGCGCUGGGAUGAUGCUCUCAAAGCUUACACUGUUAAAGCCUCCCAAGCAUCAAGUCCACAUCUUCUUUUGGAUGCAACACUGGGGCGGAUGAGAUGCCUUGCCGCACUUGCACGGUGGGAAGAGCUCAACAAUCUCUGCAAGGAGUAUUGGACACCUGCUGAGCCAGCUGCUCGGCUGGAGAUGGCACCAAUGGCUGCUAGUGCUGCCUGGAACAUGGGAGAAUGGGAUCAGAUGGCAGACUAUGUUUCUCGAUUGGAUGAUGGCGAUGAAACUAAACUUCGAGUUCUGGGUAAUACUGCUGCUACAGGGGAUGGGAGUAGCAACGGGACCUUUUUCAGGGCUGUUCUAUUAGUUCGCCGUGAAAAGUAUGAUGAAGCACACGAAUAUGUUGAAAGAGCAAGGAAAUGUUUGGCUACAGAAGUGGCUGCACUGGUUCUUGAAAGCUAUGAGCGUGCAUACAGCAAUAUGGUUCGCAUUCAGCAGCUAUCGGAAUUAGAGGAGGUAAUUGAUUACUGCACACUUCCUGUUGGAAACCCUGUUGCUGAGGGACGGAGGGUCCUCAUCCGCAAUAUGUGGAACGAACGCAUAAAAGGCACAAAAAGAAAUGUUGAGGUUUGGCAAGCACUUUUGUCUGUCAGAUCACUUGUUCUGCCACCUACAGAAGAUGCAGAGACAUGGAUAAAGUUUGCCUCUCUUUGCCGUAAAAGUGGCAGAAUUAGUCAAGCUAGAUCGACUUUGACUAAACUCUUACAGUUUGAUCCUGAAACAACUCCUGAAACUGUACGAUAUCAUGGGGAUCCUCAAGUAAUUCUAGCUUAUUUGAAAUAUCAAUGGUCACUUGGGGAGGAUCAUAGGCGCAAGGAAGCCUUUGCCAGACUCAAGGACUUGGCCAUGGACCUUGCAAGAACACCUAGUCUUCAACAAACCACACAGUGUGGCAUAUUGGGUAGCUCAAGUAUGCCUUUGGUUGCCCGUGUUUAUCUGAAAUUAGGAACUUGGCAGUGGGCACUUUCCCCUGGUUUGGAUGAUGAAUCCAUACAAGAAAUCCUCAGUGCAUUUCGAAAUGCGACUCACUGUGCAACAAAGUGGGCAAAAGCUUGGCAUAAGUGGGCACUUUUUAAUACAGCAGUUAUGUCUCAUUACACCUUGAGAAGUUUUCCUAGUAUUGCGGGCCAGUUCGUUGUUGCUGCUGUCACUGGAUAUUUUCACUCUAUAGCCUGUGCUGCAAAUUCUAAAGGAGUGGAUGAUAGUUUACAGGAUAUCCUCCGUCUUCUCACUUUGUGGUUCAACCAUGGAGCCACAUCAGAAGUUCAGCUGGCAUUACAGAAAGGAUUUUCACUUGUAAAUAUAAACACAUGGUUAGUUGUGCUGCCUCAGAUAAUUGCCAGGAUACAUUCCAAUAACCAUGCAGUUAGAGAAUUGAUACAAUCACUAUUGGUACGGAUUGGCCAGAGUCAUCCACAGGCUCUUAUGUACCCCCUUCUCGUGGCAUGUAAAUCUAUUAGCAAUUUACGGAAACAGGCAGCUCAAGAAGUGGUUGAUAAAGUUCGACAGCACAGUGGUGUGCUAGUGGAUGAGGCCCAACUUGUAUCUACUGAGUUGAUCCGAGUCGCAAUACUUUGGCAUGAAAUGUGGCAUGAGGCAUUGGAAGAGGCAAGCCGCUUAUAUUUUGGUGAACAUAACAUUGAGGGAAUGCUGAACGUCUUAGAGCCAUUGCACCAAAUGCUUGAGGAAGGUGCAAUGAGGAACAAUACCACCACAAAAGAGAAAGCUUUUAUUCAGGCAUACCGUCACGAACUGUUGGAGGCCUAUGAAUGUUGCAUGAAAUACAAAAGAACUGGAAAAGAUGCUGAAUUAACCCAGGCUUGGGAUCUCUAUUACCAUGUUUUUAGGAGGAUAGAUAAGCAGCUACAAACGUUGACCACCUUGGACUUGCAGUCUGUCUCUCCAGAACUGUUGGAGUGCCGUGAUCUGAAACUCGCUGUUCCUGGAACCUAUAUAGCUGAUUCACCAGUGGUGACAAUCACUUCAUUUGCACCCCAGCUUGUUGUCAUCACAUCCAAACAGCGACCUCGUAAGUUGACUAUUAAUGGAAGUGAUGGUAAUGAUUAUGCUUUCUUGCUGAAGGGACAUGAGGAUUUGCGCCAAGAUGAACGUGUCAUGCAGCUCUUCGGUUUAGUAAAUACUCUGCUCGGGAAUUCUCGGAAAACAGCCGAAAAGGAUCUCUCUAUUCAAAGAUAUUCCGUCAUUCCAUUAUCUCCAAAUAGUGGCCUCAUAGGAUGGGUCCCAAAUUGUGAUACCUUGCACCAGCUCAUUCGGGAGUACAGGGAUGCUAGAAAGAUCACGUUGAACCAAGAGCACAAGUUAAUGCUUAGUUUUGCUCCGGAUUAUGAUCAUUUGCCUCUUAUAGCAAAGGUUGAGGUGUUUGAUUAUGCCCUGCAAAAUACAGAAGGAAAUGACCUAGCGAGGGUGCUCUGGUUAAAGAGUCGCACUUCGGAGGUUUGGUUGGACAGGAGGACCAACUAUACAAGAAGCUUAGCUGUCAUGAGUAUGGUUGGUUACUUACUUGGCCUGGGUGAUCGACACCCAAGCAACCUCAUGCUGCAUCGUUCCAGUGGGAAGAUACUGCACAUCGACUUUGGAGAUUGCUUCGAAGCUUCAAUGAACCGAGAGAAAUUCCCUGAAAAGGUUCCGUUUCGCCUCACUAGAAUGCUCGUUAAAGCAAUGGAGGUCAGUGGUAUUGAAGGAAACUUCCGCUCCACUUGUGAAAGUGUCAUGCAGGUUUUGCGGACAAAUAAAGACAGUGUUAUGGCAAUGAUGGAGGCAUUUGUCCAUGACCCCCUCAUAAACUGGCGUCUAUUCAACUUCAACGAAGUCCCUCAAGUGUCUGCUCUUACGAGUACACACCCUCAUGGAGAGGAGUCGAUUCCUAUUAGAGAAGUUGUUCAGCCGCAGAGAAUUGUUCGCGAGAGGGAGAUGCUUGAUGCAUUCGAUGCGGUCAAUCAUUUGGGUGAUGCUAAUGAGGUGCUGAACGAAAGAGCGGUUGUUGUGAUGGCACGAAUGAGCAACAAACUUACUGGAAGGGAUUUCUCUUCACUACCGUCUAACUCGGUCCAGCACUCUCUGGAGCACAGUACCUUAAUACCUGGCGAUAUUCACGAAGCUGACCAUGGUUUAUCUGUCAAAUUACAAGUUCAGAAGCUGAUUCUUCAAGCAUCUUCGCAUGAGAAUUUGUGCCAAAAUUAUGUUGGGUGGUGUCCUUUCUGGUAAAAUGUCGAAGAUGGCACACACUGACUAUUUACGAGGUCGUGUUAGUUCGUGUAAAUAUGAACUGGAGUGGGCCCUGGGAUGUAUAUGUAAAUAUCAGUUGUUAAUUUAUGUAUCUAAAGUCGUCAAUAAAUAUGAUUGUAAAUUCGAAUUUGGUAAUUAAAAACUAGUACAUGAUGGUUGGGAAAUUUUUUUUGAUUGGAAUUCUAAUUAUU